GAGAAGAAGAAUAGGUUUUUACAAUUUACGAUGAACAUGGAAAAAAUCAUAACAAAAUGAAAUUAUUGGGUCUAUUCAGAAUAUUAACAAUAAAUACAACAACAGUAUGUAGGCAAUACUCUAGUGAUACAGUUCCAAGAGCUUUGAGAAGUUUGAAAGCAAAAUCUACCAAGAAUACAGUACAAUAUUAUGUUGAUUCCUGUCGAGUAAGAACUAUAGGAGGAAAUGGGGGAGACGGUUGUAUUUCCUUUCUUCACGCCUGGUGCAAAGACCAGGCGGGACCUAACGGGGGUGAUGGCGGCCACGGUGGACACGUUAUAUUUCAGGCAACACACUCAAAGAAAAGUCUUAAUCACUGCAACUCGGUGAUACAAGCAAAGCAUGGUGAAAAAGGUUUUUCCAAGGACUGUGAUGGUAAAAAUGCCCAACAUAUUAUUGUUCCAGUACCAUUGGGUACAAUAAUUAGGAAUGAGUUGGGACAAGUAGUCGGAGACCUACAGGAGGAGGGCAUGAUGUUUUUAGCGGCACGGGGUGGGGCAGGUGGUAGAGGUAACAAGUUCUUCCUAACUGACACAGAACAAUCACCACUGAUAGCAGAAUAUGGAGCGGAGGGGGAGACCAAUCAUUAUUAUUUAGAGGUUCGGUCCAUGGCUCACAUGGGUCUUAUUGGUUUUCCCAAUGCAGGCAAGAGCACUCUUUUGAGGGCAAUCACUAGGGCCAGGCCCACCGUAGCUCCAUACCCUUUUACUACUUUAAGGCCUCAUAUUGGAAUGAUUCCUUAUGAUGACUAUGAGCAAGUUGCAAUUGCUGACUUGCCAGGACUCAUCCCAGGCUCACACAAGAACUAUGGAUUAGGUAUUCAAUUUCUCCAACAUGCUGAAAGAUGUAGAGGUCUGAUAUUUCUUCUUGACGGUUCGGAUAAUCCAAAAGAACAAUACGAGAUCUUGAGCCAUGAGGUAAAGCAGUACAGUGAGCAACUAUCUACAAGGCCAAGGUGUAUUGUUGUCAACAAAAUUGAUGUGCCCGAAGGCAAGAAAAGUUACCAGGAGCUCAGUAGCGAGAUGCAGGUUAUAGGUAUAUCGGCUAAGACUGGCAAUAAUUUGAGUGAACUCCUUAGUGUUGUUAGAAAAAUAUAUGAUAGUGAUGAUAAUAAAUAAAUUAUAUAUUUAUUUGA